UCCGACAACAUUAGGCAGAUCCUGUUUGUCAUUAGUGAGGACAGACUGGACGCUCAGCGGACGUUGAUAGGAAAGCAGGGGCACUUUCUUUUAAACACCGACACCGUUUGUCAAGGCUCGCGCAGUUGUAAGCAGACAAGAUGAUGAUCUCCCCGUGGGACCGCUGGUACUCCACAAGCUGCUGUCUGUGCUGUCAUGUCCGCACAGGAACCAUCAUCCUGGGGGUCUGGUACAUGCUCAUCAAUGCAGUGGUGUUACUCAUCCUGCUCACAGCGCUCAGUGAUCCUGAGCAGUACCACCUGACCAGUGCUGAGUUGGCUAAUGACCUAGAUGUCAUGGAUGACGCCAACAUGUGCAUUGCCUCAGCGAUCUCUCUGCUGAUGAUACUUAUAUGUGGGAUGGCAACGUAUGGCGCAUACAAGCUGCGUGCUGCCUGGAUCAUCCCAUUUUUUUGCUACCAAAUAUUUGACUUUGCCCUCAACACCCUGGUGGCUAUCAGCAUUGUGGUUUACCCAAACACCAUACAGGAUUACCUGCAGCAACUGCCUGAUAACUUCCCCUACAAAGAGGAGAUCGCUGCUCUCAGUAAUGUGUGCUUGGUCCUCAUCGUGCUGCUCUUCAUCAGCUCUAUUCUGGGCUUCAAGGCCUACCUGAUAGCAUGUGUGUGGAACUGCUACAGAUAUGUGAGCAGCCGGGGUACGUCUGAAAUCCUGCUCUAUGUGACGACCAAUGACACCACGGUGCUGCUACCUCCAUAUGAUGACAGUGUGAGCAUCCCUCCCAAGCUGGCCCCUCUGCCGUACACCACCACACCACCACAGCAUGAAAAAAUUCCCAGCAUCCUGCUGAAUGGAUCCUGUUGCUAAUUAAACCCCAGCAAGAUUCAUGCACCAGACUGCCUCUCCAGUGUACAGUAUAUUCAUGGAUAUAUUGUAGCUACACAAACAUUACAGUACACCCAUGCAUGCACUGACACAUACAAAAUCAUCUCGCACACAUAUGCACAUGCACACACCCUCUACCACCACCGUGACCUCUCAUCCCUUCCUGUUAUUUAUUGAUGACCUUAUAUAUUCUUACUGUAACUCUUCCAUGCGUCCAUUCUGUGUCUAUAAUUCCAGGCAUGAUGUGCAUUUUAAUGCAUUUGAACCUGGGUGCAAUAAGGUACUAGAACGUUAGGUGGAUUCUAUAUAUUUGUACUAAUUCUAUUUACGCUCUGUGUGUACCUGUAAUAGUAUUUUAUGUGUCCUACCUUUGAUAGUCACAUGUAACUUAUGCACAAAUGCAAAAAUGAUGAUCUUAAAGCCCACAGUAAUGAGUGAACAGUCAUCACGUGUUUACUGUUUGUCUCGUCUCUGCUCGUGAUCAGGGUUGGAUUGCCUUUAUUCAUAAUAACUUUCUCUCUGAUGGUCUGUCCUUAAUAGAACUAUGUGUGAAGGAAGUGUCACCCUGACUUGAAGUUUUUUUUCCAAAGAAAUGCAUCUGCCUGUAUUCUGACAUGAUCAAAGAGCAACCUCGUGUAUAUCGAACAUAUCACCUUCUUUUACUCCUUUGUUCAACUACAGACAGAAUUGUCUUGUGUUUAAAAAAAAAUCAGUUGUUGAGUUGUGCUGAUUGAGCUUCAUAACUUUUAAAUGUAAGUGUGUGUUUCUACUGAUUGAUGAGAAAUGUCUUGGGCUGAUAUUUAUGUAUUUUGAGAGCACAGAAGCAGCACUGAUCUGGAAUCAGUUUGCUCUUUGAAGUCACUCAAGGGAACCCUGGUGCAAUGACUCGAGAUCAGGCCUCUCAAUGUUCAGGAGCUCAAUAAAUAUGGAUGCUGGUUGUGUUUUUUCAAUUAAACCAAUGGGAGAUUCUGGUCUGUGUAAACACACAAGUCUGCUCCACCAGAUGCACUUAUUGGCAAGCUGCUUCCUGGACACAAAUUAUCCUGCAAGGACACAAACGUCAAACCUGAGGGCUGCUGCUCUAUGAAAAUUAAAGAUGUGACAUUUAUUUGUCUAUUAAAAUGUAAUUUCACUGACA